CGCCCUCCUACUCCCCCCCCCCGUCCCCUUUUAAAGGGUUCAACUUAUUUCUUACUUGCUGGUCGGCGACCCCCCACCCAAAACCAACCAUACGAUUUCCCCCGAGCUCCCCUAAUUCCCCCGCCCCCCCCUCAGCCCCCCGCUACCGCCGCCCGCCCGCCGCCGCCGCCCACCCCCCCUUGUCCGAGCUGGCGUGGCGACGCAAACUCACAAAUAUUUACUUCCUGUACGUGAAGAGGAAAGGGGGCCCCCCCUUUGUGGAAUGCGGCAACAUGGGCGUGUUUGACCGCGGGGUUCAGAUGCUGCUGACCACGGUGGGGGCCUUCGCCGCCUUCAGCCUCAUGACCAUCGCCGUGGGAACGGACUACUGGCUGUACUCGCGCGGCGUCUGCAAGAUCAAGAGCAACAACGAGAACGAGACCAGCAAGAAGAACGAGGAGGUGAUGACGCACUCGGGCCUCUGGAGGACCUGCUGCCUGGAAGGUUCCUUCAAAGGCAUGUGCAAACAGAUCGACCACUUCCCGGAAGACGCCGACUACGAGGCCGACGCUUCCGAGUACUUCCUACGUGCGGUGCGAGCCUCCAGCAUCUUCCCCAUCAUGAGCGUGAUCCUGCUCUUCAUGGGGGGGCUCUGCAUCGCCGCCAGCGAGUUCUACAAGUCGCGCCACAACAUCAUCCUCAGCGCCGGCAUCCUCUUUGUCUCAGCGGGCUUAAGCAACAUCAUCGGCAUCAUCGUGUACAUAUCGGCCAACGCCGGCGACCCUUCCAAGAGCGACUCCAAGAAGAACAGCUACUCCUACGGCUGGUCCUUCUACUUCGGCGCGCUCUCCUUCAUCAUGGCCGAGAUGGUGGGCGUGCUGGCCGUGCACAUGUUCAUCGACCGCCACCGGGAGCUGCGCGUGGGCGUGCGGGCCGCCGACUACCUCCAAGGCGCCGCCAUCACGCGCAUCCCCAGCUACCGCUAUCGCUACCGCCGUCGCUCGCGCUCCUCGUCCCGCUCCACCGACCCUUCGCACUCGCGCGAGGCCUCGCCGGUGGGUCUCAAGGCCUUCGGGACGCUGCCCUCUACCGAGCUGUCCAUGUACACGCUGCCCAAGGGCCAGACGGGCACGCCCACCUAUAACUCCACAGAGAGGGACCACAACUUCCUGCAGGUGCACAACUGCAUCCAGAAAGACCUGAAAGACUCCGGCAACCCCGCCAAUCGACGUACCACACCCGUAUGAAACUGACGCUGAGCGACACUCCCCGAGGUCGUGGGAAAAUGUCAAGGUCUAACCAAAGCUCCGGCCGGCACUUUGGUUUCUGUUUGACGGAAGCGGAUGAAAAAAAGGGGGGAAAAAAAUGCAUAAAAGCAAAGGAAACAUGCAUGAUUUUUCCCAUCUUCCCUUGUUUAACAAUUUGAUGUUUGUAACGAUUUGAAUGGGGUCAAAAGAGGGAACCGGGGGCGGCCUGUCCCAUCCAAAAGGCCCAUUUCUAUUUUUUACUCUUCCUCGGUCUGGUGAAAAAUGGCGUUUGCCCCCAAGCUCCCCCGACAAGCCCCAGUUUGUCUCUUUAGUUUCAUUAUCUUCCCGAUUUUCUUCUUGAUUUGCAUAAAUACUGUGAACCACUGCGGUGUGCGAUUUUAGCAGGGAGCACUUCAAAGGCCGCAAAAACAGCAAAAAAAACAAAAAAAGAAAACCUGUAUCAAUGAUAUUUAUUCAACAUGAACAUACAUGUAUACCUGUUAAUACGUCAUGACCACUUUCCUGACGCAAAAGAAAAAAUAAUAAUUAAGUAGCGAUGCUAAGAGAAAUGGAAACGGAAAAAGGCUUAGUGUGGGUUAAUAUUGCCGCAUUUUUUUACAACAAUUAUAACAAAAAAAUUAAACACCAAAAAAAAAAGUGACAACCUUUUGGCCUUGGCCAAAAGACUGGCUGCCAUCUUUGUUCAGGGACAAUGAACUGCUGGGGGGGGGGGGGGGUACCUCUGAGCCAAUGAAUGAAGACGACUUUGGACAAUGUGACAGACGACAUGACAACAUGGAGUCCCUAAAAAGAAUUUUCAAAAAACUAAAAAAAAAAAGAUGAAUUUACAUGCAUGCAAAUCCAAAUCAUCCAAUCUGCUUUCAAGGAACUUCUUGUUUUGGAACAAUGAUGCCGUCCGUCCAUCCAUCCAUGUAAAAGGCAGCAGCAGCAGCAGCAGGCGGGAUAAAGUAGAACUUAAUGUUACAGUAUUGUGUCUUAUUUUUCAUUUUCUUUCUGGAUUUUUUUUUUUUUGGGGGAGGGAGCGGACCAAGCUUCGGACAAAACCAGAAAGCUAUGAAGAGCUUUUCAUUUCAUUCGUUCAGUUCUGAUUCUCCAACUAACACAGCCUUAUUAUUCUCAUCCAAACGAUUAUGAUUUGUCUCAUUUUCUUGUUCUUUGGUUCUUGCGUUGUGUUGUUGUAAAUGACAAUUUAAAAGAAAAAGAAAAAAAAAGAA